CCAUAACUCUCUGGUCGAAAGGCCUCCGUAGUGACAGAGGCGCCCUAGUGCAACCAGAGCCCCCGAAAGGGGGCGGGGCUAGCAGGGACCCGCGGCAGCCAAUCCUUGGAGCCUGCGUCCUUGCUGCGCCCCGCCCAGCAAGCCCGCCAACCCCACGGGCCUGGUCCAGCGGAAGCGGGGCGGCGGUGGCGGCGUUGGCGGCAGUCCUUGGGAGGGCCAGGUCCGCAGAAGUUUGGGGGAGUGGAGGGCUAUUGCUAUUUUUAGAAAGAAGAAACAUGGAAAGUGGUGCAGUUCUGCUGGAAUCCAAAUCCUCACCGGUUAAUCUUCUGCAUGAAAUGCAUCAGCUACGCCUUCUGGGUCACCUAUGUGAUGUGACUGUCAGUGUGGAGUACCAGGGCGUCCGCAAAGAAUUCAUGGCCCAUAAGGCAGUGCUGGCAGCCACCAGCAAAUUUUUUAAGGAAAUGUUCCUUAAUGAGAAGACUGUGGAUGGCAGUAGGACUAAUGUCUACUUAAAUGAAGUUCAAAUUGUUGACUUUGCUUCAUUUCUUGAGUUUGUUUACACUGCAAAGGUUCAGGUAGAAGAAGAUCGGGUACAGCGAAUGCUGGAAAUGGCUGAAAAGCUAAAAUGUUUAGACUUAUCAGAAACUUGUUUUCAGUUAAAGAAACAGAUGUUAGAGUCAGUACUUUUGGAGUUGCAGAAUUUCUCUGAGUCUCAGGAGGUGGAAGGGAGCAGUGGCUCCCAAGGCAGUGUUACUCCUGAUACUAUAGCAAGUGUGACUAUGGACAGUCCUCUUGCCAGUGGCCUUAUGGGCUCCUCAGAUCCCCUAGUACAGAGAAUCAGCAACGGCAUGUUGCCAGAUAUGCCCCCAAGGAAGUCCAAGGAGAAACCAGACAAGAAGAAAGAUGUUAAGCCCUCCUACCCUAAAAUCAGAAGAGCUAGUGGAAGGCUGGCUGGCAGAAAGGUAUUUGUGGAAAUUCCUAAAAAGAAAUAUACAAGAAGACUCCGAGAACAGCAGAAAAGUGCUGAGAAUGAUGUGGGGGACUACAGGUGGCCACAAGAACCCAGCCCAGACACUGUGGGUACAGAGAUAGAGCCAAUAACAAAAAAUGAGGAUUUCAGUGCUGAAGUGGAGGUAGGGGAGGUGCUGCAGAAAGCAGGGUAUGGGCGGGAAGAAGGUGAGGAGGGUGAAGAGAAGAGGAAGAGCAACUUUAAGUGCACUAUUUGUGAAAAGGCCUUUUUAUAUGAGAAGAGCUUCCUGAAGCACAUCAGGCACUACCAUGGAGUGGCCACUGAGGUGGUUCACCGCUGUGAUACCUGUGGCCAGACCUUCGCCAACCGCUGCAACUUGAAGAGCCACCAGCGUCACGUACACAGCAGUGAGCGCCACUUCCCAUGUGAGUUCUGUGGGAAGAAAUUUAAGAGGAAGAAGGACGUCAAGCGGCAUGUGGUACAGGUCCAUGAGGGGGGUGGUGAGCGGCACCAUUGCCAGCAGUGUGGCAAGGGCCUGAGUUCUAAGACAGCCCUACGGCUCCAUGAGCGGACACACACAGGCCACAAGCCCUACGGCUGCACUGAGUGUGAGGCCAAAUUCUCACAGCCCUCAGCACUGAAGACCCACAUGAGAAUUCAUACAGGGGAAAAACCUUUUGUCUGUGAUGAAUGUGGUGCAAGAUUCACUCAGAACCACAUGCUGAUAUAUCAUAAAAGGUGUCACACAGGUGAAAGACCUUUUAUGUGUGAAACAUGUGGCAAGAGUUUUGCUUCUAAGGAGUAUUUAAAACAUCACAAUAGAAUCCAUACUGGAUCCAAACCUUUUAAAUGUGAAGUUUGUUUCAGGACUUUUGCCCAGCGGAAUUCACUUUACCAGCAUAUUAAAGUCCACACAGGAGAACGUCCCUAUUGUUGCGAUCAGUGUGGUAAGCAGUUCACCCAGCUCAAUGCUCUCCAGCGCCAUCAUCGGAUCCACACAGGAGAGAAGCCAUUCAUGUGUAACGCAUGUGGACGGACCUUUACUGACAAGUCCACUCUCCGGCGGCACACCUCAGUACAUGAUAAGAAUACGCCAUGGAAGUCUUUCCUUGUUAUUGUAGAUGGCUCACCCAAGAAUGAUGAAGGGCAUAAAACUGAACAGCCUGAUGAAGAAUAUGCAUCAUCCAAACUUUCAGAUAAAUUGCUGUCUUUUACAGAAAAUAACCACUUUCACAACCUGGCCACAGUCCAAGGCAGUGUAUCUGCUGUACAUGAAAAUAAUUCUAUAGACACAGCCUGCAAGUCAGAUAAUUCUGUGGUGUCCCAGGAUGCUCUGCUGGCCACUACUAUCAGUGAGCUUAGUGAGCUUACCCCACAGACACAUUUGAUACCCACACAACUUCACUCUUUGACCAAUAUGGAAUAAGAGCUGGAAAUUACCUGCCAAGCAGAUCCCAUCCGGCACCUUGUGUGACAGUGUAUACAGGAUGAUAUCAGGAGCUAAGAAACAGGCAAAGAAGUAGGCAAGAAUGGCUUCUGAUCAUCCUAAAUUUUGAUAACUUGCACGUUUUUAUCAAAACAUUUUUAAAAUUUUCCCUUAAAAAUCCUGAUCUGCACGAUCCCAGCUACACUUUAUCAACACAUAAGGCAAUUAAUAUAACCUCACCUAAUUUUGGUGUAGGCUUCUAUAUGCAUUAAUCAUUCUAACGCUUGAGUACCUUGAUGUUUGUUAAGUUUAGACAACUAUUUACCUUAAUAAUAGAGUACAGAGCAUUGAUCCAGCUCAUGAAUUUACUUUUAAUGGUCUCCCUGAUCUCUCAGCCUGCCUUAUACUCCCACGUGGGUUUAUUUCUCUGAUAUUUUAAAGAUAUUUUUCUAAUAAGCUGAAAUAAAACUGGGGCCAUAUAUUAAUUGUUUCUUUCCUGUUGAAUUGAAGCAAAUCAGAUUUGCUGAAGGGACCCUUGAAUGGGACUGAAGAAAUGAAUUACUGAAUUCAUUUCCUUCCACUCCCUCACACCCACACUAAAAAAGGAGUGACACUUGCAAACAGCUUAGUAUAACCCUUACUCAUAGCACAUACACAACUAGGAAAUUUGUUAUAAAAUAACUUUUGAAAUGAGAUGUGGCUGUUCAGUUUCAUUCCUAAAAACCUAAUAAGGUAAAAUCUGUCCUACCAAAGAUUUUAAUAGCAAUCUAUGUUUGUUUUUGCAAAGAGGUGUGAAAAAUUAAGCCACAGGGUUUACAACACUUGAAACAGCAUGUUGUCUUACCAGUAGCAAUGAGGUGAUUAUGGCAAACCUUAGAGCACAGAGUAUUAGUAUUUCUGUGUUUUCUGACUUAAUUUCUGUAACUUUCAGAAACCAGAUUUACACAUUUGUUUCUUUAGAAGCAUGUGAGAAAUAUAGCAAAGGGACCAAAAGCCUUGGCACACAUCAUUGAUUAUGCCUUAAAAGUAGAUUGUGGAUAACCAAUAAUUUGUUGUAAAUGCCCCUUUGGCUGUGUUAUGCUGGAGUUAAUGAACUUGCAAUGAAAAGAUAAUUCUGCUGUAUUUACUAAGCUUGAUUCUUGGUUCCAGUGGCUUUUGUAUAUAGUUGUGACUCAUAAGUAACCCUAAACAUAUUAAUUUAAAGACAGCCUUAAAAGGGAAUUCUGUUUACCAGUUUUUCUACAUUUUAAUUUAUUAAUUUACUGUGAAAACACUUUCAUUUCUAAGAGAAAGAACUUAUCCAUAAGUUUCAGGAUGAAGACAUAGCUAUACCAUUCCAGAAACAUUAAUGAGGUAACACUUUCUUCCUAUGUGCUCUUUUUGUUCUAGUUUAUAACAUGUUACAUACUAAAGCCACUAUAAGGUGGUUUUAGGUGCUGAUAACAUGUUUCAUACCUACUCUUAAAGAACAGUGGUACUGAACUAGUUCAAGUUCAAUUAUGACAAUAUAUCCUAAUUGUGUUACAGAACAACAACAAAUAGUGAUCAUUACAUGGCCAUUUUAUUCUUGGUAAGAGAAUGAACCUGCCCAACUGAUGUACUGUUUCAUGGAGUAAAGUCAUGAGAAGGAAUUUAAAUAAUACAUUAUUUUGUUAUCUACUAGAUGAAUUUUUGUCUUAAAUUCUUCUUUAGAAAUUCUAUAAAAAGUCAUUUAAUGUGUUCAUAAAUGUUUGUAAAAUAGUUUUGCAAGUUUUUUCCCCAUUAUUAAAAUUUAGGCUCUAUAAAUUGAAACAAGUAUAAUUUCCAUAAUUUCAUGGAUAAUGAAGUUUGAAAUCAAGACUAUAGUCCUGGGAGUAAUCCCUUUAGUUAUAACUUUGUGAACUGCACAUGUAUUCUUUAGAAGUACAAGGCCUGGUGAUAAGUAACACUAACCUCUGCUUGUAUAGAAGUAACCUGUGCAGCUAAUGCUGUGGAAUGUAUAAGUGGACUGGUUUUUUCAAUGUUGUGUUUAAGUUUGCAUCAUAGAGACUUAUUUCUCUAGUAUCUCUAUUUCUUUGCUUCCUGGGAAGGUAAAGCUGCCUCUGAGAAUUGAAAUCUGUUAACCCUGUGGAAGACUCAUCAUUGAGGGAUUUGUGGAGCAUCUCCCCCUAUUUCUCUUAGUCCAAGAACAGUCUCCCUGAGUGAAAGCAAGCUGUUGUAUCACUUUGUCAGUCCUAAAUCCAUGAUUGGGAAAGUGCCCUUGGUGCUGGCUGCUUCUCCUAGAGCCUCAGAAUAGGAAAUUAAGGGAGUGAUUUAGUGCCUUUCAACAAUAAUGUGGGAAAUAGUCUCUGCCUGAACUCCAAAGAUCUCUGCUGACUUUAGUUUUAUCAAAAUUUUUGUUUUAUAAUUUGGGGAAAAAAUGGAUCAUGUGGUGAGAGAAGACCUUUAUUAAAGGUAAUUUUAACAAAUGUGGUUUUGCUAUAUAAUCAGAUGAUAAUCCAAACCAACAGAUUUGAUAAGUUACAAUUAUAACUUGUUAAAUUCAUACCUUGUCACACAGGGACAUAUUUUGAAACCAAAUGAGUGAUCAUCUCUUUAAUUAAACUUGACAGUGUGAAACCUGAAGUAACAAUAUUUUAUUUCAGUAGGGGAGGGCACUUGUGUAAAAGACCAUUUGCUUACAUAUACCUAAAUGAGGGUAGAUAUGACUGAGCAAGUUACAAACAUAGGUCAGGGGCUACCUAGCAAGCAUGUCACCCAGUCAAGCCCCAGAACCCACCCACUUACCUUUGUCAAUCUGUACAGGACUCACCAAGGCUGGCAAAACUAGGUUUUUUAACCACCAUAGUGGCUUCUUUCUGUUAGGAAAUAAUGAUUCUGAGAUAAACUAAACCUUGAAUGAUCAACAACUUCUCAGAAUUCCUAGGUUGGGAUGGUCUGUUCUACCAUUUCUUUUUUUCAAAAUUUGCUGUGAAUUAUCUUUAAGUUGUGAAUAUGUUCAAUGACCUGAACAUUGCUCUUAGGAUGAGCUGACCCAUACUACUACCCCACAUGGAACCCUCUUCUUCCAUGGUGGCCAGUGGGCUCAACCUUGCCCAGGGGCAUGUGCUAACCCUCUACAGACAUCUGCAAGUUCAGUAAAUGCCAAGAGUUGAGUGCCUUCAGGGUUUUCUCCCCCCUCCUCCCCUCUCCCACCUAGCAGUUUUCUGUGAAGCAAUCCUCCCUCAACUUUGCAAGCCCGAAGGAUGCAAGCAGCAUUCCUUAUCAGGGCAACAGAUAAGAGAUGAGAAUGUGAGGCUUACAAAGUCAUUAUGCAAAUUUAGCAGAAGAUCAACAGACUAUAACCAGGGCUUCUUUCAUAAACUCUUAGCUUGCAAAAUCAUUAUAGUUCCUUGAAUUUCCAAAAAGUAAAAGAUUUUAGCAUAGUCAUAUGCAUGUUUCAAAGGAUAAGCCUAGAGAAUAUUAAUGCUUAUUGCCUUAAACUGAAUAGGAAUAACUUCAAGAAAGGAGGCUCUCAUGAUCUGUGUAAAUUUAGGUAGAAAAGACCUGUCAAAAUAUUACUCAUAAUUUCCAUUUUAUUUACACGUUCACAUAAAACAUACAUACUCUUUUCUGCUAAGGUAGCUUUAUGGUUAGUUUUCAUAAUACAAUCCUGAGAGUACAAGAGAGGAAAACACCACAGUGACCAACUCAGAACUUCACAGGCAGGAACCUGCUAGCAUACCAUAGGUGGCCGGUCACACACAGCAAAGCUGUGCUGCUGCCCAGCCCUCCAAAGAAAGCCCACAAAGGUUUGCAUUUGGCUACUUUAAAUGCAAAGUAUCAAAGGAAACAAAUGCACACUCUUUGAUUAUAGUCAUACCAUCAUAAUAGUCACAACUGUGCAAAAAUACUGUUUUCAAAUCAUCACAUGAAAAAGGAACUCACACAAGCUAUAAAAAUGGCGCCACAAAAAAACAAAGCUUUCCUGUAAGAAAUUUUAACUUUGACCAUGAACUCACCCCAGAUUUGCUAAAAUACAAGAACUGUAACAUAAACAGUCAUCAUAUUUUGUUCAUGAUCCUACAUUCGACAAUGGAACAUUUCAAGGAAGGAUGUUUGGAUACUGUUAAUGGAACUUUUUCCCUCUCGUUUUCCUUUUACUUUCUAGCAGGUUUGUUCUAGCCAUUAUACUUAUUUUUACUCUUUCCUGUGAAAUAUUAAAAAAAAUCUUUAACUCA